AUGCACGACGCGCUCUCGGUCGUUGAUGUGCAAGGCAACGUCGUUACGGACAUUGUACAGAUUGAGCAGCUCUCUCUCAUGGCCAAAGCCGUCGGCGCCCGCGUAGAGAGCGUCGACUUCAAGACGAGCGCGCACGUCGCCCACUACAUGGCGCACCCUGACGCCUACCGUGCGGCCCUCGCUUCGCUCUUGUAACCAAUUUAUUGGCUCGUUAUACGUGAUCGUGCAGCUUCAUAGGGUUGGGGUUCACGGGCUAGACGUCGCGCUGUCGUCGGUAGAAGCGACGAAUGUCACCUAAUUUUAGUUUUAUG